AUGACCUCUUUCCGCAAACUCCUUGCCAUCAUGGCUCUACUGUCAUCUACCGUCUUGGCCCAAUCCCAAGACCCUGGUCCAUCUCCCACCGCUUCAACCGGCUGUGAGCCACACGGGGACCACUGGCACUGUGAUGGUCCGGUCUCAAUGACUACCUCUGCCUCUUUGGGCUCUUCAACCGCAAGCGAUUUUGAUGUCCUUACCACCUCAGACGGUACAUCGACUAUAUCUUCUAAAACUAGUGUCACUCCUACUAUGCCCAGUCCCACUGAGUCUGUAGGCUGCGAACCACAUAAUGAUCACUGGCACUGCGAUGGACCUCGCGAGACUUCUAGCUCGAGUUUAAGGGCUUCUGCAACUGCUUCUGCGAGCGCUUCUGCUGUUACUGAUGACGCGGAGAAUGGUGUCAGUGGGAUGGGGGUAGAGAUGUUGCUGCUUGCUGGGCUUUCCAUCGUAGCUGCUGGACUGAAUGUUUGA